AAAGCCAAAGAGGCUAUCUCCUCACUCACCCACCCCAUCAUUUUCGGCCAGCCUCCUUCCAGCAAGAGCAAGAGUGAUUCCCAGCCUCCUUCCUCCAUUGUUGAAGAGAACUCAUCAAAGAAGAAUCACCCAAAAAGGAGCUAAAGUGCUAAAGUGUGAAAUAAUUAAGGUUGAAGCUAGAGCUUGCUACUUGCACCUUCUCACGGGUGAUAUCACUUCAGGAAGACGUGGUUCGUGCUUCCUUAUUUUCUCUCAAACUACCGAACACUUGCUCAUGGAUAUUUAUUCUACUAUAAACUAUUUUUGGGGCUUGCAUGCCCAUGUUGUUGGCCGGGUGUGGCUUAUGACUUACCGUUGAAUAUUUCCGCUAUUCAUUGGUUUAAAUGUGAUGUUGUUAUGUAUGUUUACUACUGAGUAUGGAUGGUUAUUUUCUCGAA